CGACAUCAGCUCGUCAGUGGCUCUGUGCCCAGCAAGCCAAGUCCUUCUAACCAACGCGGCUGCUGAUAAGGGCCCUCUGAUGCCCAGAUCCGCAUCGCGGGACGUGCAUCUUAUAUCGACGCCCUCAGGCGAGGUUUCCCUCAGCACUCAAGUCUCACCUCGAAGCCUUAGCCUUCACCAUGUCUGGCGAUGCUACCGACGCCUACGCGGACGACAAGCGCGGCCCUGCCUUGGUCGACGGCAGCGGUGAUCCCAAGCGCUCGCUCUCGGUGCAUGCUCACGAGACCGAGCUGCCGCCGUUGUACAACGGCGAGCCCACCGCCCGGAACGAGUACUUCGACCACGACCUCCCUAUUCCCACCGAGGAGGACCUCGCGACUCUUCGCCGCGUAAGCGAGAAGAUCCCCUUCAAGGCGUAUACCAUUGCCUUCGUCGAGCUUGUCGAGCGUCUCUCGUACUACGGCACGACUCAGGUCUUCGUCAAUUUCAUCCAGCAGCCGAACCCGGGCACUUCCACCGGUCGUGCCCUGGAUCCUAGCGCCGACGAUGCCCAGCCCGGUGCGCUCGGUAUGGGCCAGCAGGCCUCUACUGGCCUGACCACCUUCAACCAGUUUUGGGUCUACGUCAUUCCUCUGUUCGGCGCAUACGUCGCCGACACGUACUGGGGCCGCUUCAAGACCAUCUGGAUAUCCGUCCUCACAGCCAUCGUCGGACACGUUAUCCUGACCUCCUCGGCCGCCCCCUCCGUCAUUGCCGCCCCGCACCACGCCCUCGCUGCCUUCGUUAUCGGGCUCAUCAUCAUGGGUAUUGGGACCGGUGGUUUCAAGCCCAACAUCUCUCCGCUGGUCGCUGAGCAGAUCCCCGGCAGGAUGUACGUGCGCACCACGAAAAAGGGCGAGCGCGUCAUCGUCGACCCAGCCGUCACCACGGCGAGGGUGUACAACUGGUUCUACCUCUUCAUCAACGUAGGCGCUCUCGUCGGCCAGCUCAGCAUGGCCUACGCCGAGCGCUACGUUGGGUUCUACCUGUCCUUCCUGCUGCCCACCGUCCUUUUCUGCGCCACCCUACCCAUUCUGUACGUCUGCCGUGAUUGGUAUAAACAUACCAAGCCCGAGGGCAGCGUACUCGCUCCCGCCGUCAAGCUCCUGUUGCUGGGCACGGUGAAGAGGUUCCAUCUCAACCCGGUCACCUGGUACAAGCACCUCCAUGACGGCACUUUCUGGGACGACCUCAAGCCCUCCAAGAUGAACCCAGCCACCCGGCCUGCAUGGGUGACCUUUGACGACGCAUGGGUCGACGAGGUCAGCCGCGGCUGGAAGGCGUGCAGCGUCUUCCUCUGGCUCCCCCUGUACUGGCUUACGUAUAACCAGCUCAACGGCAACCUGACGUCCCAGGCCUCGACCAUGGCCCUGCACGGCAUCCCCAAUGAUGUCCUCUCUAACCUGGAUCCCUUCGCGCUCAUCAUCUGUAUCCCCAUUUGCGACCUCUUCAUCUACCCCGCUCUCCGCAGGGCCGGGAUCCACUUCACGCCCGUCAAGAAGAUCGCUGCUGGCUUCUUCAUGGGUAGCGCGGCCAUGGUCUGGGCGUGCGUGGUCCAAGCGUACAUCUACAAGAAGAGCGCGUGCGGCAACCACGCGUCGGACUGCCCCAACGUCGACAUCAACGUGUGGGCGCAGACGGGGGCGUACGUGCUCAUCGCCAUCUCGGAGAUCUUCGCGUCCAUCACGUCGCUCGAGUACGGGUUCUCGAAGGCGCCGAAGAACAUGCGGUCGCUGGUCGCCGCGUUCGCGCUCUUCAUGUCCGCCAUUUCUGCAGCCCUCGGCGAGGCGUUCAACCCGCUGUCGGCCGACCCGCUCCUCGUAUGGAACUACGGCUCCAUGGCCGUCAUCUCCUUCGUCGGCGGCUCCCUGUUCUGGCUCUCCUAUCGCAAGCUCGACAAGCAGGAGGACGAGCUUAACAUGCUGCCAACUGGUCACUUGGUCCCCAAGGCGCAGGUUGAAGACAUCGAGAUGACGCCGUCGUUUGAGAAGAGCUAAAUUUUGUGUUCGAUGUUGGAAGGGUUUUUGUAGGGACGAUACAUAUAUUGGUUGUACGG